AUGGUGGGUCGAAAAACAGUUAUCCCGUCUCAUCAAAUUGUGGAAGCAGUUCUUAAGUUUAAAGACCGUAUAAUAACUGAAGUCAAUGGUGAAAAAAGUAGUUCGGAUGAAAAUUUCAGCAGUAAUCUGGAUUUUCCUAGAAGAAAAUUUGUGGUAACUUUUUCUUCAGAAGAAUGGAAAAAAAUAAAACCUGAUGAUGUGCAAUACAGACUGCAUGAUAAAAAACGACCAUCACAAAGUUUUAAAACGUACUAUGCAUUAACCAAAAAUCAAUGGACACCUAUUUUGGCUGAACAUUUUUGGGUGCAUACACAACUUCCAUGCUGCUUAUCAUUCCGCAAAGCAAAUGUUCAUCCACAUGGAACAAACUUUGUGACCGUAUUUGGACGAUGUAGUGUAUGCAGCUCAUGCUUUAAAGGGAUUAUUUCUGAAAAACCAUUAGAUAAUGAAAAGGUAUUAAUGCAAUGCACGUAUACGGGGAAUUUUGACAUGUUGCACGAGCCAAAUAAAAAACGCCGUUUGUUGGGAACAGCAAAGGAAAAAGUAAUAACAGCCAUUGUUCAAAAAAAUAUGUCUAGCGCCACACAUCGUGAAACAGAAGCUGUACGACUGAUGAAAACAGGUGAUUUUAGUCCGUAAUAAUAAGUAUAAAAAAAAAUCCUUUUCAGGAGGAGGGUGUUGGAGGGGGAGCGUUAAAUUUGAAAAACUACAAUUUUAUUCACCUCAAUCUUUUGUAACGUUAGGUUAGUAAAAAAAA